GCCACCAACAAACACACACAAACAGAGACACCUGUACACACACAGACAUGUACAUACAUACACACACACAUACACACACAGAAACAUGUACACACACGCACAGAGACACAUGUACACACACACACAUACAGACACAUGUAUACACACACAGGCACGUACAGACACGCAGACACAUGUACAUACACACAGACACAUGUGCAUACAUACACAGACACAUGUACAUACAUACACAGACACAUGUACGUACAUACACACAUACACAGGCACAUGUACGUACAUACACACAAGUACAUACACAGACACAUGUACACACACAUGCAUGUACAUAUAUGCAGAGACAUGUACAUACAUACACAGACACACACAAACACACACACAUGUACACACAAACACACACACACACCCUAUAAAAAGUUGCAGUACUUCGUUGUUCACUCACAGAGCCGUGUACUGCACUCUAAGGAAGGGCAGAGAGCACAGCACACACUCCUUGCUUUGCUUUCACUGCACUCAGCUAUUCAGCAGUCUGACGGCUCCCAGUGACAAUGACAGAUCCAGCCUGAGCUCGGAGCCUGCUCAGCAAGACGGCCCCGGGGGAUACACUCGCCCCCACCAUAAUUUCCACUCGCCAUUGGCGAGCAGGCGAGUGGAAAUUUCA